GUUGGCGCGGGUGGGGGAGGGUGUGGGGCGUGCUCUCGCGUGCUGGGGGGGCUCCAGUCUGCGGCGCAGGGACCCGGCAGCGAGCCGGCGACACCAGCGGCGGGGAACCGACGAAGGGUGUUGCCAUGGUGAUGGCGGUGGAGGACAGUGUGGUGCGGGUGGUGGUGCGAGUGCGGCCCCCGACCUUGCGGGAGCUGGAGAGUCAGCGGCAGCCUGUGGUUCAGGUGGUAGACGAACGGGUCCUGGUGUUUGACCCUGAGGAGCCCGAUGGGAGCUUCCCUGGCCUGAAGUGGGGCAGCACCCAUGACGGCCCCAAGAAGAAAGGCAAAGACCUGACGUUUGUCUUUGACCGGGUCUUCGGUGAGGCGGCCACCCAACAGGAUGUGUUCCAGCACACCACCCACAGCAUCCUGGACAGCUUCCUCCAAGGCUACAACUGCUCAGUGUUUGCCUAUGGGGCCACCGGGGCUGGGAAGACACACACCAUGCUGGGAAGAGAGGGAGACCCUGGCAUCAUGUACCUGACCACCAUGGAGCUGUACAGGCGACUGGAGGCCCGCCAGGAGGAGAAGCAAUUCGAGGUGCUCAUCAGCUACCAGGAGGUGUACAAUGAGCAGAUCCACGACCUCUUGGAGCCCAAGGGGCCCCUGGCCAUCCGUGAGGACCCCGACAAGGGGGUGGUGGUGCAAGGACUUUCCUUCCACCAGCCAGCCUCAGCUGAGCAGCUGCUGGAGAUGCUGACAAGGGGGAACCGUAACCGCAAGCAGCACCCCACUGAUGCCAACGCUACGUCCUCCCGUUCCCAUGCCAUCUUCCAGGUCUUUGUGAAGCAGCAGGACCGGGUUCCAGGUCUGACCCAGGCCCUUCAGGUGGCCAAGAUGAGCCUGAUUGACCUGGCUGGUUCAGAGCGGGCAUCCAGCACCCAGGCGAAGGGGGAGCGGCUGCGGGAGGGUGCCAACAUCAACCGCUCUCUGCUGGCCCUCAUCAAUGUCCUCAACGCCCUGGCUGACGCAAAGGGCCGCAAGUCCCAUGUGCCCUACCGGGACAGCAAACUGACCCGCCUGCUCAAGGACUCCAUCGGAGGCAACUGCCGCACAGUGAUGAUCGCCGCCAUCAGCCCCUCCAGCCUGGCCUACGAGGACACUUACAACACCCUCAAGUAUGCCGACCGGGCCAAGGAGAUCAAACUCUCGCUGAAGAGCAACGUGAUCAGCCUGGACUGUCACAUCAGCCAGUACGCCACCAUCUGCCAGCAGCUCCAGGCUGAGGUGGCCGCCCUGAGGGAGAAGCUCCGAGUGUAUGAGGCAGGAGCCCAGGCUCCACAUCAGGACCUCCCACAGUCCCCCACAGCGGGCCCUCCACAAUCACUUGCCCCCCCACCAACCCGCCUUCCCAGCCAGCCCUGCACCCCAGAGCUCCACCCAGGGUCUGCAGUCCUUCAGGAGGAGAGCCUGGGGAAAGAGCCCCAGCUGGAGAGGGUCGUGGAAGAGAACUCUUCAGACCAGGAGCAGCCCCUGGAGGACAAGGAUGAAGGCUCAGCCCAGGAGGUCCCAAUCCAGGUGCGAGAGCAGAACCUUAGACACCCACCACCAGGGUCCCCUGGCCUGACCCUGCAGCCUAAGCCAGAUGCGGGACGCCUCUCACCACAGAACCCGAGCAGGGACCAUUCUAAGCAGUUGGCCCUGAAGGUGCUGUGCCUGGCCCAGCGGCAGUACUCCCUGCUCCAAGCGGCCAACCUCCUGACCCCUGACGUGAUUGCAGAGUUUGAGGCUCUGCAGCAGCUGGUGCAAGAGGAGAAAACUGAGCCUGGACCAGAGGCCUCGGAGACUCCUGGCCCAGCCAGGGGGCCACCUCCCGCUCAGGAGCUGUGUUCAGAGUCAAAGUCUCCCGGAUACUCUGGCCCCGUGACCCGGACCAUGGCAAGGCAACUGAGUGGCCUCAUGCACACUCUGGGGGUCCCACCUGGGCCUCACCGUACCCCAGCCCAGGCAUCUCAGUGGCCUAGGGAGAAGAAGAGGAAGAGACCAAGCCCCUUGGAGCCAGACAGCCCCCCGGCCCCAAAGCCAGGGAGCAAGCACCAGCGCCAGUCCUUCCUGCCCUGCCUGAGGAGGGGGUCCUUGCCUGAGGCUCAGCCUUCAUUCGGGACCACCACCCCCAAAGGAGAAAGGGCCUCCUCCCCCUGCCACUCCCCUCGCUUCUGCCCAGCCACGGUCAUCAAAAGCCGGGUGCCCCUGGGCCCUUCUGCCAUGCAGAACUGCUCCACCCCUCUGGCCCUGCCCGCUCGGGACCUCAAUGCCACCUUUGAUCUCUCUGAGGAGCCCCCUUCAAAGCUUGGUUACCACAAAUGCAUCGGCUGGGAGAAUGUCCCCCAGGAGCUGAACAGGCUGGAUCAGCCCUUCAUCCCCAGUGGACGCAUGCCUCUGUUCACCAUGAAAGGCCCCAAGCCAACAUCUUCCUUCUCUGGAACCUCAGCCCACAAGAAGAGGCGCAUUGUGAGUGCCUCAGUCUCCUGCUCACUAGGAGUUGCCCGGCGCCGCAGCCGCAUCGCCCGUCUGCCCGGCAGCACCUUGCGGCCAGCUGGGCCCCUGGCAAUCCCAGAGCCCCCCUCCAGCCCCCGCUGCCCUGGCAACCGGAGGAACCAGAAGGAACUGAUGGGGGUUGGGGGAGCACUGUCAGCUGGGAGCUGCGUUGCCAAGGUGUCCUGAUCACUGGCCCCUCUCGGACUCUGGAGUGGCCUGCACCCUGACUGGCCCCCCUCAGCUUGGAGCAAUUUGUGCCAACACCCUCUUCCUUCAUUAACACUCCUCCCCGAGCCAUUCAUUCUGCUACUACCCUCGUCCUUAAACUCUUGUUACACUCAGCUUCUCAGCGUGUAUAUAUUCAUUUGUGGGUGUUAACGUGUUGCCAUUUUAAAGGAUGCUGCCAUCUUUCCCCCCAGAUUAUAAUGCCCUCUGUGCAGGCAGGUGGCUUUUGGGGGCUUUGUCCCUGCCCCUAGUCUCACACAAGGCUCAGUGCAAUGACAGCCACUGCGCAGGGUAGGAAGGAGCCCCAGCACCAGGCCACAGUCCUGGCAAUGGUGCAGACAAUCAGUAGCAGUGCCUCGAUUUCCAAGUGAAGACAGCUUUGUUGUUUUUACCCUGUUGUAAACAGGACACAUUCAGUGUAAAAAGAAGUGUAAAGAAGAAAGGGAAGUUCAGUCUUAAUGUUCAGUCUUAAUGCUAGCCUGGAUACAAGAGCUGUUAAUACUUGGGUUUAUAUCCUCUGAUCCUUUAUUUCUGCAUAUUUACAUAUAUAUGUACAUGUAGAUAUAGCUAUAUAUUUUUAUUAUAAUGAUGAAUAAACCAUCUCCAUCCUGGG